GGGCUCCUUUGCUCCUGGCUCCUGGCCUCCUCCCUCCGCCUCUGCCCCGUCCUGAAGGCCUGGCCUCCUCCUGCGUGGCUACCUCGUCUCUGUGUCCCCCCGUCGCUGGUUUAGGGCCAUCCCACCCCGUGCGCCCUCGUCUUAGCGAAUUACGUCUGCAUCUCCAGGUGAGGUGACAGGUUCUGAGCACACAGUACAUGCGGGGUGGGGCUGUUCUGACCAGAACCAGAUGGACGGACUUCAUCGCAGUUCCUGCUGAUGGGGUGGGGCGACCUGGGGGUGUACGGAGAGCCUUCCAGAGAGACCCCGAAUUUGGACCGGAUGGCCGCGGAAGGGAUGCUGUUCCCCAGCUUCUAUGCGGCCAACCCCCUGUGCUCCCCAUCCAGGGCGGCUCUGCUCACCGGACGUCUGCCCAUCCGCACCGGCUUCUACACCACCAACGGGCACGCCAGGAACGCCUACACGCCACAGGAGAUCGUGGGCGGCAUCCCGGACCCAGAGCACCUGCUGCCGGAGCUGCUGAAGGGCGCCGGCUACGCCAGCAAGAUCGUGGGCAAGUGGCAUCUGGGCCACAGGCCCCAGUUCCACCCACUGAAGCACGGAUUUGACGAGUGGUUUGGGUCCCCCAACUGUCACUUCGGACCUUACGACAACAGGGCCAGGCCCAACAUCCCCGUGUACCGGGACUGGGAGAUGGUUGGCAGGUUUUAUGAAGAAUUUCCAAUUAACCUGAAGACGGGAGAGUCGAACCUCACUCAGAUUUACUUGCAGGAAGCCCUGGAUUUCAUUAAGAGGCAGCAGGCCGCCCGCCGCCCCUUCUUUCUCUACUGGGCCAUCGACGCCACCCACGCCCCUGUGUACGCCUCCCGGGCUUUCUUGGGCACCAGCCAGCGAGGGCGGUAUGGGGACGCCGUCCGCGAGAUCGACGACAGCGUCGGGCGGAUUGUGGGCCUCCUCCGGGACCUGAAGAUCGCGGGAAACACCUUCGUCUUCUUCACAUCUGACAACGGAGCCGCCCUCGUUUCUGCGCCCAAACAAGGUGGCAGCAACGGGCCCUUUCUGUGCGGGAAGCAGACGACAUUCGAAGGCGGCAUGAGAGAGCCUGCCAUCGCCUGGUGGCCCGGCCACAUCCCUGCUGGCCAGGUGAGCCACCAGCUGGGCAGUGUCAUGGAUCUCUUCACCACCAGCCUGUCCCUCGCAGGCCUGGAGCCCCCCAGCGACAGAGCCAUUGACGGCCUGGACCUCCUCCCAGCCAUGCUGCAGGGCCGCUUGACAGAGAGGCCGAUAUUCUAUUACCGCGGCAACACGCUGAUGGCCGCCACCCUUGGCCAGUACAAGGCCCAUUUUUGGACUUGGACCAAUUCCUGGGAGGAGUUCAGACAGGGUGUCGAUUUCUGCCCCGGGCAGAACGUCUCGGGUGUCACCACCCACUCGCAGGAAGAGCACACGAAGCUGCCGCUCAUCUUCCACCUGGGACGAGAUCCGGGAGAGAGGUUCCCGCUCAGCUUUGCCAGCACCGAGUACCUGGAUGCCCUUCGCAAGAUCACCCUGGUUGUCCAGCAGCACCAGGAGUCCUUGGUUCCCGGGCAGCCCCAGCUCAACGUGUGCAACCCGGCAGUCAUGAACUGGGCGCCCCCGGGCUGUGAAAAGCUGGGGAAGUGCCUCACGCCCCCGGAAUCUGUCCCGGAAAAAUGCUCCUGGCCCCACUAGCACCUGCUGGGCUGAAGCCACGUCCGGGAUCUCCCCAGACCUGCAGCUGCCAGAGGCUCUGGCCUCUGGGCUCCAGGGCUGCCCUCUGCCCUGCCCAGUGCCAGCCUGCGCCACCUGCAGCCAGCAGCGGGACCUGCAAGGCCAUGCCUGCGCGAGCCCGGGCCCUAGAGUCACUCCCUCUCAGCCUGCCGGAUUCAGGCUGCCUGAUUCUGCCACCUCUGGCCGCCAUCAGCCCCUGAACCAGAUGCUGCCUGUCUCACAGGCUCCCCCUCUGCUCCACCUGCCUUCCUGGCCGGACCGAUCCAGGGCCCAGAGCGUGUGACUUGCUCUGGCUGCCCCAGCAGUCCGUGGUGUCAAGGAGGGUAGCUGUGCCAGUCCUGUGUCACCCCUUGCCAUUAUGCAGGGGGGGUGCCCUGGCCCCACCCCCCAUGAUGGGGGUUUGUGAACAUGGACGGGGGAGCAGACCAAGAUCCUCCCUGACCUGGAUCCUCGGCAGCCAAGGCUUCCCGAGGCCGGUGGGGACAGCUGAUGCCACCACCUCACCCCUGACGCCAGCACACUCUGGGCCUGUCAGUGCCUCACAGCUGCCCUGCUUGCCCUCCUCCCCUUGAGCCCAGGGUGGCAAAGCUUGACGAUGAGCCUGGGCAGGUCUGUGCAGACUCCAGCCACCCCACCCUGAAAGCCUGGGGACCAUAUUUCCAUUCUGCAGGUUGUCAGGCCAACUCUGCUGUUUUUAAGACUUGGGAAAUUUUGAAAAAGCAGUUCUAGAAUACAGGAACAGGCAUUUUA